AUGGCUGAACAUGGGACUGAUGAGCCGUCCUCCAGUACAGGGAGUCCCGACGGAGAAGGUCGGGACUCUGGGGACAGAUUGUUGCUGCAUCAGAGGCUGGCUGUCAGAGAGCUCAUUGACACCGAGACCUCCUACCUGCACAUGCUCCAGCUCUGUGCCUCAGACAUCAGGAGCCGCCUGCAGCAGCUGCCCCAGGGAGACCUGGAUGUCCUGUUCUCAAACAUCGAUGAUGUCAUUGAAGUGAACAGCAAAUUUCUUCACGAUCUCCAAGAGACAGCAUCCAGGGAAGACGAACAAGUGCACUCAAUUGGCAACUUAUUCCUGGAAUUCCAAGAGGAGCUGGAGCGAGUCUAUAAGGUCUACUGUGCCAGCUACGACCAGGCCUUGCUGCUGGUGGAGACCUACCGGAAGGAGCCAGAGCUUCAGCGAGAGAUCCAGGGCAUCAUUGAGGCAGUGGUGCCACAAGCUGGGCCCUCAGGCCUCAGUUUCUUACUGGUAAUCCCUCUGCAGAGGAUUACCAAGUACCCAUUGCUGCUGCAGAAAAUCCUGGAGAACACAGAUCCUGAUGCCAGUGCCUACCCUGUACUUCAGAGGGCUGCCUCUGCCCUCCAAGACGUGAACGCCAACAUCAAUGAGUACAAGAGGCGCAAGGAAGUGGCCUCCAAGUAUACCAAAGUGGGGCAGCUGACGCUCCGGGAGAGGCUGGCCCGGAUCAACACGCACACCCUCUCCAAGAAGACCACCCGGCUGAGCCAGCUGCUGAAGCAGGAAGCUGGGCUUGUGCCCAGGACAGAAGACAAGGAAUUCGAUUACUUAGAAGAGAGGUUGCAUUGGGUGUCGCUGUGUGUGACCGAGACGAAGAACAACGUGGCUGUUUACCUGGCUAAUCUGGAGGCUUUCCUCCGCUUCAGGCCGCAGGAAUCCGAGCUGGACAUCCCUGGGGGGCCGGUGGUGCAGUACUGCAGCCUGAUGGGAGACCUCCAGCUCCAGGCCUUCCCAGACUUUAAGCAGCGGCUGGAAGGCCUGGUAUGGCAGCCAUUGUGCAGCCUCGCUAAAGCCCUGAGUGGCCCUCAGAACCUGGUCAGGAAGCGUCUGGACAAACUACUGGACUUCGAGAGGGUGGAAGAGAAGCUGUUGGAGGUGGGCAGCGUGACGUACGAGGAGCAGGAGGCCCGGCACACGUACCAGGCCCUCAACUCCCUGUUGGUGGCUGAACUCCCCCAGCUUAACCAGCUGGCCAUGCGGUGGCUGGGCCAGAUCUUGCACACGUUCGUGGACCUCCAGAGGGACCUUGCGAAGCAAGUGCUGCAGAGGGCAGAGGGCAGCUUGGCCCAGCUGCCUCACCACCACCUCUCCGAGCCAGCCUUCAGGAAGCUGGUGGAAGAUGUGCUGGGCCAGACUGGUCACCAGCUUCGCUCCUUUCAAGAGAACUUUGAGAAAGUGCUGCCACCUCCCACCGUUCAGCCGGUCCUUCCAGGGGCUGAACGCCAGGUGCAGGUGCUGCUAAGCAGAUAUGGCCCGGAGAAGCUGUACCAGGUGACAAGCAACAUCAGUGGGGCUGGGACUCUGGACCUGACGCUGCUGCGGGGCCAGAUUGUGGCUCUCCUUCAAAACAAGGACACCAAAGGCAACAGCAGCCGCUGGCUGGUGGACACUGGGGGGCAUCGAGGGUAUGUGCCAGCUGGGAAGCUGGAGCUGUACCGUGUCAUCCCCGGUCAGGAGGAGGUCAAAGAGCAAGUGCAGCCUCCCAAGGACUCCCAUCAUCUAACAUCAGAGCCCAGCCCAGCCCCAGUCCCCUCCGUCCCAACAGUGACCCAGGUGGUGGCAGUGUACCCCUUCGUGGCCAGAAGCAGCCAUGAAGUGAGUCUGCAGGCAGGCCAGCUGGUGACUGUCCUGGAGGCCCAGGACAAGAAGGGGAACCCAGAAUGGAGCCUCGUGGAAGUGAACGGGCAGAGGGGAUAUGUGCCUUCCAGCUUCCUGGCCAGGGCCCCAAGCCCAGCUCCGUGGGGCUGGAGUCUGCCCUCUUAG